AUGCCUUUCUACAUCCACGGCUACGUUGAUUCAUUGCUCAAACCCGUCUAUGCCCUUUCGGGGUUCAAGGUGCGGAAGUUCGAUGCUUUUGUCCUAUUAAACAGUGCACAUACACCUAUGGGUAUCAAGAAAUUAGACUUGGAAAGGUGUGGUACCCAUCUAGGUGGAGGAUUGAUUGAGACACCAUUAGCGUUUGAUGGAAUCUUUGGGUUUGGCUCUGGUCCUCUGUCUGUUGUGUCUCAAUUGUCAACAUGUGAAAUAAUACCAAAUUCUUUUUCUCAUUGCUCGAAAAGAUAUGGCAAUGGGGAAGGCAUUCUAGCUCUUGGUGCGAUUGUGGAGUCAAGUAUUGUUUCUAUCCUUCUAGUGUUGACUCUUAAACCACUGUGUGGUACCCAUCUAGGUGGAGGAUUGAUUGAGACACCAUUAGCGUUUGAUGGAAUCUUUGGGUUUGGCUCUGGUCCUCUGUCUGUUGUGUCUCAAUUGUCAACAUGUGAAAUAAUACCAAAUUCUUUUUCUCAUUGCUCGAAAAGAUAUGGCAAUGGGGAAGGCAUUCUAGCUCUUGGUGCGAUUGUGGAGUCAAAUCUUGUCCUCAAAGAUAAGAUCAUUGUCUACGAUUUAGCUAAUCAGCAAAUAGGAUGGAUGAAUUACAAUUGUUCUAUGUUUGUUAAUGUCAAUGUGACCUUGAGAAAAGACAAGAACAAUAAUUCUAAAGCAAAACAUUCUAGUUCCAUCAUCAACUCAGAGUUCCAUCAUCACCU